AUCUAAAUGAUAGAUUGAAGACUUAACUUGUUCGUUGUUUUCAAUUAUAUUUUUGACUGUUUGACAGCGUCAUAUAAGAACAUGCAUAAUUACAGAAUGCUAACUAAAUUGAUGAAAAACUUAUUUAAUUAAUAAAAUGCAUAUGAAGCGAACCUUUUCUCUUGAAUAGCAGUGGAAGUGUUGCACACUUGGAAAAUUCAUGGAUAAUUUAAAGCAAAUAGCGGAUUACUAGAAUAAAUACUUACUUUUUUCCUUAAUAAAUUAUAACUUUACAAGGAUAAUAUGGUCAAUGGACGAUAAAUAAUGUUGUUACACGGUAUUUGUUAGAUCUUAAGGACAACGUUAUGUAAAUGACAGAUAUAUAGUGUUUGCCAUUUGUGUUACAAUGGCCGCUGGUGUAGCAACAAAUAGAUUGAACGAGGACUACUUUAAAACGUCAUUCAAAUUAAAUGAUGUAUUAAAAACAGUAUCUUUGAAGCUAAACCCGGCUAGGAAAGAGAAACGUCUUCCACCAGUUACAAGAAAUGACCAACCCAUACCUAAUGACAAGGCUCUGUUACAGAAAGGCGAUGUGUUGGAUCAGCUGGGUAACCACGAGAUGGCGCUCGUAUUUUUUCACAGGGGCAUGAAACGAUAUCCAAAAUCCGAGGAAUUUCAGAACGGCAUUGCCAGGGCUCAGAAACGGUCAGUUAAAAAAGGUAGACGUAUGAAACUGACGACAGCAGGAGAUAUAACAUAUUUCACAGCAGCUCACAAGCCGCCGCCACAAAAGCAGUUUGAAUGGAGAAACAAACCAAAAGAGAAAAUAAAAAAGUCAAUGGUUCCGAGUGCCAACUUCCGUUCUAGACUGGUGCACCCGCUGACAAAUUUUCACAGGAAACCGGCCGUACUUCUAUCUGAGUCACGUGCUACUACACUAAAUAGCUUGUUAGCCGGUUCCCUUGAAUCAUUAGACUACGAAGACAAACUGAUUCAGGAAACGACCGAAAAGGACAUUCUUGGUAAAAUGUACGAUGACAAAGAGUAUCUGGAAUUCCUUCUUGGACAUGAAAUCAAUAAAAAUAAGAAGACUCCACUAGGAAAAGGUGAAGUCGCUGACGUUGCUGAAACAGGUCUACAGUUUCUACAAGAACGUACCCAAUUUUGGGACACUCUGGGUCCUCUUCCACCUCCUCAUCCUAGCCGUAAAACCAACAGUCAGUUUGGCAAUAAGAGUCGCCUGUCACAGUAUACAAGUACAGACUCUCUCCAGUCCGUCGGAACAUAUAAAACAUCUUCAACAGUACAGAGUUACGGUUCAAAGUUUAGCAAAUCAUCAAACAAAACUUACCGCUCCCGUUAUGCAUAUGGCAAGAGAAAGGAAAAAACACAGCCACCAAAACCCGAGAAGGUUAAAUUCGAUUUCGCUUCCUAUCGCCGUGACGAGGACUUACGGGAGAUGACGAUGAUUGCUGAAGAAAUUGAUCAGAAGAAAGACUCGGAUGAAGAGCGUCGUAAACAUCGGGAUGAGGCAAUGAAACGUGGAGAGGAAACGACGGCGUAUAUCGAAAAGGAAAUUAUACAGAUUGACAAAUAUUACAGUAAAGGCCAGCUAGAUUUGUGCAAGAAGCGAGCGGAUGCUGCUAUAGAUGUACUCGGUCGGUUCACAGAGGAAGAGAUCCCCACCAAGUAUAUUCUUCUGUCAACUCUGUACAGUUGUCUAGGCAACUGUGACAUGCAUACUAAAAAUUUAACGAGUGCUCUAGAAAAUCAUGGACACGAUCUUAUGAUUGGUGAACAAAGUAAUAAUACAGAUAUUCAAUCAAGAGCUUUAGGAAACCUUGGACGAGUACACGUGCUAAUGGGAAAAUACAACAGAGCUCUUGACAUAUAUAAUCGAAAGGCACCCUUAUGUAAAAGUCCGAAGGAGACCGCUUGGCUAUUUCACGAGAUUGGAAACUGCUUUUUGAUGAUGAAAAUAUACGAGUACGCUCAUGAAUCUGGCUUGAAGUCCUUGAGGUCGGCACUUGAGGCAAACGACCAGAGACUUCAACUACAAUCAAAUGUGUUGGUCGCUGUUGCUGAAGUAAACCUUUUGAAGUACAAGGAUGCCUAUCAGCACUUUGAGGAUGCUCUGGAGCGUGCAAAACUCUUAAAUGAUAAAAGAGCUCAAGAUGCAAUGACACGCGCACUGGUGGACGUAAACAAGAAAAUGGUUGUACAAUUAAAAACGAAACAGGCAACCAAACAAAUGCGAAAAUCACCUGUUCAUUAUGAUAUACCUGUUGCAACACCCGUUUCUAGGGCAACACCGCUGUCCGCCAUGUCCGCGAAAACAAAUGUUACGGUAGAGGGAUAACUAGUGGCAGAUGUUUUUUAAUACCGGUUGAACAUCAUUGAUGAUACAUAUGAAUUAUGCCAGUACAUAUAUCGAUGUAUUUAUUUUGUUUUGAAUACAUAAAUCUGUCAUUGCUUUUCGCUUCUCAGAUGCAGGAUAAGGUUUCCUAAUACAAGUGAUAUUACUGUAAUAAUAGAAGAAUAAUAGAUAGAAGCACCUGCUCUGCCUCUGUACCUACUUUAAGAAAGUUAUUUCCUCGGCAUCUAAUUUAAGUUUAGAUCUUUGAAUUUCAAAGACGCAGGUUGACUGUUGUACAAAAAAAAUGUAAUAACAUUGUUGACAACAUCACACACAUUAGUUUUGGUCACCAGAAAACCUCGCCAUCUCUUCAUAGGGAAUGCUGUAAAGUCGGAAAUAUUCGCAAUGUUUUAACGUUCGUUAAUAUUCACGAAUUCAGUUCAUACACGAAUUCAAGAAAAUCGUGAAUAUUCACCUUCAAUUUCCGUUAUUUUUCAUCCGUCGCUGAAUUAAACACACUCAUAUACAGUGGCUAUAUUUCAAUGUUAAAAUGGAUCACGAAGACAAGAACUAGGAUUCAGAGCUUACAUUCAAGCCCGAGUGAAAAUUGAUUCGUCUCUAAUGGAUGAUUUAAGUAUCCGAAGACCAGUGAAGGAAUUUAAUGAUUUAUCCGCAUAUUUCUAUUCGGAAUAUUGAGCAGUUUCAUUGUUCACGACAUAUUGUGUUAAAAAUAUAAACUGCAAAUUUUCGGUCUUCAGCAGUCUGCGGAAGACACUCGAAAUGUUCCAAUUAGGUUUCUUGUCAGCGAGGUACACAACGGGGCAAAAGGUUUACUUUAUAUACCUUUUGUGAUGAUACAUUUGAAAAACUUUGAAGUGAAAAGAAAACAUUUCAGAUUUUGAUACUAAAAUAAAUAUAUAUCCGUAAUUUAGAGUGUUAUUUAAAUAGUAUAUUCAAAUAUUUACCAAAACUCGAAUCACGUUUUCAACACAUACCCUUCUGUAUACUGAUUGCCAAAACCCGUGUCAUACAGCCAGCUAUGCCGGAAAAAAUGACCAGUUACUAAUGCAGACAUAAAUCUCAAGCACAGAGAUAAAUUGAAUUUCAUAUAUACAGCUUAAGUUUAUACAAUGUAAUUUACAAAAUGGUAAGUUUCCAAGAUGGAAACAAUGUCACAUUGAGUUGAAGCUGACCGCUGCGUCCCGAUUUCUAAAGAAUAAAUACAUAUUGCAAAUAUGAGGUAAAUACUAGAUUAUAGUUGAUACAGGUCAUUAGAAUUUUCUCUACGGAUAGUAAUAUUGAACUGCUACUUGAAUGUAUACACCAGCAUAUUAAAAAGACAUUUUAUUGUUGCAUUACUCUUUGUUUUAAAAUAUGA